CUAUGCUCUCCCGUAAACGCUCUUCCAAAUCCAACACCCCCUUCGUUCCCCCAUUCGCGCAGCCCCCAACCACCAAACUCCUCAAACCCACCACCACCACCGCCGCCGCCGCCGCCGCUCGAAAUGAACCCACUACCUCUGCUACUGCUUCACCACAACCCAAAACGACGCCGCUCCAUCAAAGCCAGAGUCCAAUUGACAAAAUGGUCUCCCUUUUGGCGGAUGCAGGGUGCACGCUGAUCAAUCCCGCCGGACCGCCGUGCCUUCCCUCCGACCUCUACAAAUUCCGUCAACGGCUUGACGGAAUAUUCUCCCGCGAUUCCUCCCUUCGGUCCCAGUUUCUCAAGGGCUUUUCAGAUUAUAUUUCUUCCACCUUCAAUUUGCGCCGGUUAGUUUAUGGAUUUGGAUCGGUAAGAAGAGAUAGCUUUGUUCGACUACUCUUAUUGGUUAGAUCCAUCCAGCAAGACCUUCUAGACAUGUUGCUUGAGAAACUCCCCGAGUACUUUGACGUGGACCCCAUUGUCAGUAGUUGUGGAUUCUCGUCAUCGUCGCGUGUUGAUGAAGAUGUGGCAACGCUAAUACUGAACCAAUUAAGAUGGCUUGACUUCCUUGUCAAUUCCGAGGCUUUUGUUGAGAAACUGCUUCAAGUCUUAACUAUUUGCCCCCAUCAUCUAAAGAAAGAGAUUAUAGGGUCAUUGCCUGAGAUCAUAGGCGACCAGAAUAAUACGAGUGUGGUUAAUUCACUUCAGCAGAUGCUUCAAGAAGACUCUUCCAUUGUUGUUCCAGUGCUCGAUUCGUUUUCCAACCUCAAUUUGGACGACCUGUUGCAGGACCAGGUGAUUAUGAUAGCUUUAUCCUGCAUACGGACAAUUGACAUCGAGCACAUACCCUACCUACUUAGAUUCUUGCUGCUUUCAACAAACACAUCGAAUUCUAGGCGAAUAAUCUCCAAGAUACGUGAAAAGCUGAAAUUUGUGGGAGCAUCUCACACACAAGUCUCCCAGAACAGUAAACUUAAAGGAAUAUCUGUUGUACAUAAUACAGAAGCUUCAAUUCUUGAUGCUCUGAGAUCUAGUCUGCGUUUCAAAAAUAUUCUUUGUCUGGAGAUAUUAAAAGAACUGAAAAGUUUGGACGAAGCUCACAAGCAUAAAGUGAUAGACAUAUGGUUGCUUAUUCUCAUAUUCAUGAACUGUGAAACUUUGCAGAAGAGUGUUGAAAAGUUAUUCAAGAAAAAAAUUCUUGAUGGUUGUUUUCAAGAACAUAUGUUUGAACAGUGCAUUCAUGGUUUCAAGGAUUUGCCGAAGGAUUUUCUUACCACAUUUGUAUCAUUAGCUGCAUACAUGUUGGCUUGCAAAGAGCAAAGAGUUCAGGAAUUUGGCGUUCACAUAUACAUAUGCCUAUUUGAAGAAUUAUGUGAUGCUUAUUUGAGACAAGAAGUUCUAGGAGCAUUACUAACUCAUGUGGGUUCUGGCAUACACUUUGAAGUAAGUGCGGCUUUAGAUGCCAUGGUUAAGCUGGCCUCUAAGAAGUCCCAGGAGUUGAUUUCACUCUCUUCUCACAUAAAUGGUAUCUUGGAUUACUUGGAGGGGUUUAGUGUUGAGAACCUCCACAAGGUGUAUGAAGUUUUCAUCCGACUUGCAGUUUCUGACCAUUCUAGCUCACAACCUUAUGGAUGUUCCAUUGCAAACGAACUUCUAAUGAUUUUGAGAAAGCAGAUCAAUAACUCUGACCUGAUGUACAAGAAGAUGGGCCUAAUAGGAACACUUAAAAUAGUUUCCUACAUAGCAGAUACAAAUAACAGCUCCCUUCCGCCUUUGUCACAAAGGUCAAAUUAUGAGGAAGCGGUGGAGCUCUUGAAAUUAUCGUUGGACUCUUGCCAACAAAUGCCUUUACCAUUAAUCUUGUUUUAUGAAGAACUGGUUUUGACAUUGCAAAAUAAAACACUUCAUCCAGUUGUUAUGGAAUGGAUUGGCAAACAAGUCGUAGAAUUCGAGUCAGUUUACUUAUGUGACCUCGAUAGUGGAAAUUUGAUUGAUCAGGACUCGUCUCAGGGUUUAGAAGGAGAACUAUGGAUGAACCUGGAUGGUGAUAUAUCUCCUAUAUGCUUAAACAUUUUGCCACUUGUUUUUUCGUCGAUUAGAUCCACUUCGCCACUACAAGUUCUUCCUACCAAGUUUAUUUUACUUUCUCUAGUUGAGAGAUCAGCCAAUCAAGGUUCUCUUGGAGGCAUAGAUGCACUUCUUGGUUGCCCUUUUCACCUUCCUUCCUCUAAGCUUUUCUCUGAACUUUCUUGGCAGUCUUUGACAGUAAAGCAAAAACAGAUUGCUAUUCUCUCUCUUUAUUAUGCUUCUAACUGGAUGAGGGAGCUGCUAAAUGUCUUUUCCACUCAAAUAGUAAAGGAAUGCGACAUCAUAAGCCAAGCAACGAAGGAGGAAAUAAUUCCUAAGCUAUUAAAGCGUUUGAGGAACCUUGUAUUUGUUGAGUGUUUAUUGGACAAUUGUCUCAAACAACACCCAGUGCUUCUACCUGAGCUCUGUCCUCAUUGGGAACUGUCACCAGUUAUUGAGUUUGACCAUGCCGGGGACUUAGAAAAGAUGAACCAGCUGCAUAAAGGUAGUGAAGGUAUCUCCCAAAAUAAAAAGAGAAACAGAGCAAAGUCCUCAUCACCAUUGGCUAAUUCAAACAUUGAGGAAAAACUCAGGCAACCAACCAUAGUUGACACCUGGAAGAAAGCUGGUGCUAUACCCAGCCAAGAAACUCUCAAAGAGGAUGUGUUGGUGACGUCAUCAAAGAAUAAACAAUCUGAGUCUGACGAAAAUCAGGCCGAUAACUCUAAUGUACCACUAAAUAUUGAAAUAUCUGCACCUGUGAAGUAUUUAGAAGCACAGAGGUACAAAUUCAGGCCUCUUUCAGUUGAUUGCCUAACAAUACUUACAAGUUUAGAGAACAAUGAAGGUUCUUGUUGUGAAGACCCAUCUGCUGAGUUACCGCUUCAUCUGUAUCUCCUGCGUGAUCUUCACAAAAAGCUGGACCAAUUAAGUCCCACAAGAAAACAAACUUUAGCAAGAUGCUCAAACGCUGCAGCAGGAUUCACGGGGAUUAAAUCAAAUGACUUCUUGGGCAAGUUAAGACCUUGGUUUCUGUAUCUUAGAAAAAACUUUGAUCGUGCAGUACACAUUCUUAGAGAAGAUACUGAAACUUGUCAAGAACACUGGAUUGCUCAGUCUAGUUUGGCUGCAAACCCAGAGAUAACAAAUACAAGUAUUCUCGCAUUACCAACUCAGACCUCUAUUUCAGUUUAUAAAGAGACACUUCUCUGCAUUGGCAAGAUGCUUAAUCUGCCAGAUGUUUUGAAGGAAAAAGAAAUCCUAUCAGAUAUACUCCAGGCCUUUCAACCAAUGGAAAUAUCUGGUUGUUUUUUCCAAGGAAUGCAGCUGAUUCCUUCACCAGGGAAUAUGGACUAUUUAUAUUCUGGUGCUUAUAUUUUCCUAGGAACCAUCUUUGAUGAUGCAAUGAACUUUUCAUUUACACUGGCUUCAGAAGUCUUGUUGACUUUGGAGUUGUUGGUUAUGUCCAUCCGUAUGUUCCUCGAUGUAUCUCUGUGUGAAAAUGGAAAGGAUGCUUGCACAGAAUUCAGCAAGGAAAUCGUUCCUUUUCUCUGCAACAAGCUGGGGAGUUAUGCUCAGAAACUCUUGACGCACAAGUGCGAUAGGGAUGAUGUUGACCACAGUUUGAAAACUAAAGGGGAAAUGGUCCAGAAGAUACUCCGCAUAUACUUGGCGAAUUGCCAGUCAACUUCUGAUUCUCUAAAUGAACUUGCCUGCUCUGUUUUACCUCAGGUAUCUUCUUCUGGAACUUCAGUGGAGGAUGAUAAUCAGACUUUUCCUACCCUCUGCCCUGCAACAAUGACCGUCUGGUAUCGAGUGAUGCAUGAAGAGAACAUUUCUACGCUAAAUAAAUUGGUUAAGGAAAUUGCUGUCUUGGAGAAGCCAAGAGGUGGUGCUGAAGUAGAAAGUCUAAAGAGGCUCCUGAACAAAAUGUUGCAGUCUGUUAAUGUGUUUGUAUCUCUUAUUAGCGUGUGCAGGAAUAACGACAAGGUGAGUGUUCAUGCAAUGGCAGUCAAGUAUGGCGGGAAGUUCAUCGACUCCUUUCUUAAAGUUUUUGAUUUCUUACAGGCCCAGUUUGAGAUGCACAAGGACCUCAUACUCAACCUGAUAAAAGAGCUUCAGAAAGCAACAAGAACCAUACAGACACUAUGUUCUGAAGCCAAGGGCUCAAAACAAACUGCUAUAACUUGCAAGAUCCCCGCCACGAAAAGAUCCAUGGAACGAUUUUUAUUUCAUGUCAAGGGUCUUCUUUACGCAACACCAAGUGGAUGCUCGUUCUGGAUGGGCAAUUUAAAGCAUAAAGAUUUGACGGGACAAAUAGUUAGCUCUCAAGCAUAUUUGGACACUCAAAACGAUGAUAUAAACAACGAUGACUCUGCAGACCCCAUAGUUGAGGACCAAACGGCCGAAUGACAUCUGGCAUUCCAAGAGAAAAAUCAAGAAAGGCAUGCUGUUAUGCGUACUUUCUUCUUUUUCCUUUUCAUGUUCAAAACGUGAAAUAGCUUAUUAUACCGACAAGACAACGACUUCGAUAGUUAUUGCUUCGAGCGUCAGUAGUGUAAUUAGACGAUAUUAUAUUAAAAAUUAUAUUAUAGAGAACCAAAUUUGGAAUAUUUUGGAGCUAGAACAGAGGUAUCUGUUAGACCAUGUAAGAUGAUUAAACAUUUAUAUGAUCGUAUUAUAU